CUCUUCAAAAUACACCCAGGGUAAAAUAUAGGAUUACGGCCGGUGCAAAAUAUAAAAUGACGGCGGUGCCGGCGGCCGUGGAGAAGAGUGAGGCGAUGAACAAUGUCAUGUGCCUUUUGAUCAACCCAGACGGUAGUCCUUUGGGAGCACCAAUAUACCUACCUCAAACCACUGCUCCUCAACACCUUGAACAGAUUGUCAAUAAGCUUCUUAACAAUGAGGAGAAAUUGCCCUAUUCUUUCUACAUAUCAGACCAGGAACUCCUUGUGCCACUUGCAACAUACUUGAACAAAAACAAAUUCUCAGUGGAGAAGGCCUUGCAUAUAGUUUGCCAACCUCAAGCUAUUUUCCGGGUUCGUCCUGUCCAUCGCUGUUCAGCAACUAUUUCCGGUCAUAAGGAAGCUGUACUAACCGUUGCCUUCAGUCCUGAUGGGAAACAGCUAGCAAGUGGUUCUGGCGAUACAACAGUUCGUUUUUGGGACAUUACCACUCAGACACCAUUGUAUACAUGCAAAGGUCACAAGGAUUGGGUCCUUUCUAUUGCAUGGUCACCGGAUGGCAAGUAUCUUGCAAGUGGGAGCAGGGCCGGAGAACUUAUUUGCUGGGAUCCACAGACUGGAAAGUCCUUAGUCAGCUUAGGCAAUCCACGUUCGGACCUGAAGAAAUGGAUUACUAGUAUCUCUUGGGAACCUGUCCACCUUAAUGCUCCUUGCCGUCGCUUUGUAUGUGGCAGCAAAGAUAAUGUUGCUCGCAUAUGGGACAUAUCUUUAAAGAAAUGUAUAUGUCUCAUUGGCCAUGCGCAGUCAGUAACAUGUGUAAAGUGGGGAGGAGAUGGUGUGAUUUAUACAGGCUCACAAGAUGGCACUGUAAAAGUUUGGGAAAGUACGGGGAAGUUAAUUUGUACACUGAAGGGAAAGGAAGCCUCAUCCCGUCAGACGCAUCCAAAUUGGGUUAAUUCUUUAGCAUUGAGCACUGAGUAUGUUCUUCGUACUGGAGCUUUCGAUCAUACUGGAAAACAAUUUUCAUCCCCGGAGGAAAUGAAGAAGGUGGCUCUUGAGCGGUACACCAAAAUGAGAGGCAGUGCUCCUGAGAGAUUGGUCUCUGGAUCUGAUGAUUGUACCAUGUACCUUUGGGAACCUCUCUCCAACAAUAAUGGUUAUGAAGCACACAUGACAGGUCAUCAGCAGGCUAUAAACCAUGUGUCUUUUUCACCUGAUGGGCAAUGGGUGGCAAGUGCAUCUUUUGAUAAUUCUGUCAAGUUAUGGAAUGGAACUACAGGAAAAUUUGUUGCUACCUUCCGCCAUGUUAAAGAUGUUUACCAGAUCAGCUGGUCUGCAGAUAGUAGACUAUUAUUGAGUGGAAGCGAAGAUACUACAUUGAAGGUGUGGGAUAAUCGGACACGCAAAAGAAAGCAAGAUCUUCCAGGCCAUUAUGAUGCAGUUUAUGCUGUUGAUUGGAGCCCUGAUGGAGAGAAGGUGGCUUCUGGUGGAAAGGAUAAAGUGUUGAAGUUGUGGAUGGGCUAGCCUUAUUUUUGGAUCAUCAUUGUAUUUUAAGUAUAUCAUUUUAAUUACUUUAUCUCGAUAGAAUUUUAAUUGGGUACCGAUACGUCUAGUGAUUGAUUUUUAACACGCAUUUUUAUUCUUUUCAAUGGAAUUAAUAAAGCCAUAUUGUUCAUUCUCUUAAAAAUUCAUAAAUUUAUGUAUCUUUUGUGACCAA